GGAACAGAUGUAUAUUUUGGAUGCCAGGAAAGCACAGCGUUGUACUUAGAAAAUGGUAGUAGGCAAUAAUCUCAAGAAGUGCAGAUGAUUUACGAUAAAAUUAAAUUUGAAUAUAGUUGCCUUUAUAAUAGGAUUAUUAGCUCCGAAAUCGGAUCAAGCCUAUUGAAAUAAAUGUUAAAGUUUUGAAGAGUCGACGUAAAGGUUUGUCAAGCAAAACACGGCAUCUUGUUAAUUAUCCCACAGGUUUCGAGUUAUUUGAUGCAAUAAAAUGCAUUACAAACGUGAGACAGUGAUAAGAACAGGUUUUAAGCCAUGGAAUAACCACCAACUCCCCUCCCCACGGAAAUCCUAGUUUAGCCGAAGCAACCGUGUUUUUUUAUAUUAUAAUAUUUUUUGUACUAUUUUCAUUUCCCUUGGUUAAGUUCAAUAAAUAUGCAUGAGAAGACUACAUAUAAAAAUGACCUAUGUUCACUAUUUUUAAUCUUGUGGAUGAUAUAGUAUAUCAUUUGAACACACAUCACAGUUAAUGAGAGCUGUAGUAAAAAUCAGUAGUGGGAAUUUACAAUAAUAAUAAUAAUUUCAGAAAGAGUUUCUAUGACCUGACAAUGUCACUAGUAUUAACUGUGUUAUAGAAGGGUAACUGUUUUUGAGUCAAAGGGAAUCUACCAUAUUCAACCUAUUGGGAUGUAUCAACAAUAGUUUUAAAUACUCGAUGAAAGGGCUGCUGCAUGCAGAUUCCAGGAUUGAUGGUGUGUGCAUGGCACUGUGUCAGCCAUCAUGUCCAUUGUUCAAAAUCAGCCACCAUCCUAUCAGGAGAGUCAGAUUAUGGCUCAUGUAUGUCUGGCCACCAGCACACAUGAAGAUGGUUCUCAUGAUGAGAGUCAUGUCCCAGUGAUGACCGUGGUCCAGACACAUGAAGGCGAAGUCAUGCAUGAUGAGUGGAAGAAAGCCAUAUAUAAUCAUCCGUUGUUCCCUCUAAUGGCGUUGCUGUUUGAGAAAUGUGAACAAGGGUCACUGUCACUUGAUAUGUUUGCCACCACAGACUACGACCGAGACAUCCAGGCUUUUGUAGAACAUCGACAGCAUCAGGGGAAGCCAUUCUUUGUCGAUGAUCAAGAUCUCGAUAGUCUGAUGCUGAAGGCUGUGCAAGUGUUAAGGAUCCAUCUCUUAGAGCUUGAGAAAGUGAGCGAACUGUGCAAGGACUUUUGUAGCCGUUAUAUCACUUGUCUGAAAGGGAAACUGCAGAGUGAGAAUCUUCUACGGCUAGAUGACUUGGAUUCUCCACCCCUGUCUCCCAGUCAGAACACCAAUACUAUGGCAGCAGCAGGUGUCUCUAUGGCAGCAAUGCCUCUGCCUCCUGUGGUCAAUGCAAUGGGAGGAGGAGUUAUGAUGCCGCAGGGGUUGUCCAUGGCAACUAUUAGCCAGGGGCAAAUUAUCUCUGGUAACACAGUGUACCAGAUGGUCCACACGCCUCAGGGGAUUGUUGCGCAGCCCAUACAGAUACAGGCACCCCCUAUGCAGACAUCUGUGGGCACAGCUUCAAUGGUACAUGGGAAUACCUCAUUAUCUCAGAUAGGGAUGAUGGGGUCACCUCCAACUGCACAGCCGCAGGUAACGAGUCCAGUCCAUGGAUCAGGCAGCACAGUGCUGUCUGGGGAUGAGUCCUAUGAUGAUGACCCAACAGGAAAACGGAAGAAUGCUAAACGGGGAGUCCUGCCAAAGCAUGCGACACAGAUCAUGAAGACCUGGCUUUUCCAGCAUCUUGUUCAUCCAUACCCAACAGAAGAUGAGAAGCGACAGAUUUCUAGCCAAACAAAUUUAACACUUCUUCAGGUUAAUAACUGGUUUAUUAAUGCCCGGAGAAGAAUUCUGCAGCCAAUGCUGGACUCUGGAACUGGGGAUGCCAAUCGCACUAAAAAGAGCAAACCUUCCACGAGGCCUCAGCAGAGAUUUUGGCCAGAAGCCAUUGCAAACAUCACACCACAGUUACCGCCACAUUUACAACAGGCUAAGAUUCCUUCACCCACCUCUUCCCCACCGCUUUCAUCCCCCAAUGACUCUGUAUCUGUAACAAUGGGCCAGGCGGGGCACCUUGUUAUGACAGCUAACGGUCAGCUAGUGGCUGCUGGCAAUGGAGUCCCGCUGUCUCUUGCUGCUCUGCCUGGCAUCAUGCUGGGACAGCCAACAUUAUCAGCAGCUGCAUCACUGGGUGCAAAGACACCAGCCUCUGGCAGCGAUGAUCUGAACUCUAGCAGUGUUGUGUUGUCCUUGACAUGUGAGUCAGGAGAAUCAGAUGGUGACUGAUUCAUGAGGACUAUGCAGAGAGCUAAUGUAUGAUGCAAGAUUUUGUGUGUGUGCGGUGCUUGCAAGAGUGUGUUGAGAGGUGAUUGAUUGAUGAUGGAUUGAUUGUGUGUGGAGAAAAUGUGAAUACUGUAAAUUGUUAAUGUAUUUGUUACAAGGUGUUCAUACUUACACCUUGAAAAUUGUUGCAGACUUCCUGACAGAGAGAGGGUGAUUGUGCAUAUAUGCAUGUGUGCUCAUAUCCUCAUGCAUAUGUAGGUGUGCAUGUUUGUGACAGUUAAAAUGUAUGAAUAUGGCAGAUGUAUCCAAAGCCCUUCAUAGUACAUAGAUGAAGUAAGGAAAAAAAAUCACAACUGAAGCCUUGGUAGGGUUUUUUAAAAGACUCGGAAGCAUUUAUUGUUAUACAAUCAUGCAUUUUUAUUUAGACCUAUUAUUUUUAUCCUUUUCAUCUCUUAAGCUAAUACUACAUUUGUUAUUUUAGGCAUGAUAAUCUUCGUCUUUUGCUGUAUUGUGCUGAAAAUGCUCAAGCUGUAUAAGCAGUUGCUCUUUGUUGCUGGCACCGUCCAGAGUUUUGGACUGCUGUUGAAACCUGGCAAUAUGGAGCGAUGCUGUUUAAGCACUGAAAGCCCAUCUCUUUACCUCUGCCUCUUUUGAUUUCAUUGUCAUUCUCAAAAGUAUUUCCAUAUGGCUUGUUAUGCUGUUGUAGAGGCAGUAUGUGUCGGAGGACAAACCCUCAGAUUUAAGGUGCACUGAUUGUCAAACCAGUUCCCUCAGCUCAUUCUGUCCUCAGUCAGCACUAGAUGCUGUACUGGAAUGUAGGUGUUAGACUGCCAGGUACAGUUUUGUCCCAUCACUUUCCUUCAUCUUGGACCUCAUGGAUUUAUUUUGUUGGGAUUGUUUUAUUUUUGUUGAUAUUGAUUGGCAAAUUAUCAGUCUGAUCUGCGCAUGUGUGGUCUUUAACUAUUUUGUGGACGGGAACGAUGUGCAAUGCCAGGUUUUUGACCAAAUAUGACAUUUCUGUGCAUUGUGGGUCUUGAAUCCAUACUUUUUGAGGAAGCUUAACUUCAUCAGUAGAGUGACCUAUCAUCAACAGCUAUACAAAGAAUUAGUCCCCUUCCGCAGAGUGUAAUUGUGUUUGUAUAUUCUGACAUCAUUUGCUUGCCUUCUAUUUUUACCGGUUUUUAAAUAAAGCAACUUAUUUCCACACCAUAGCCAGUAAUGGUACCAUCAUGCAGACCUGAAAUCUUACAGAAUCAUUCUUUGUUUCCCGAUUUUGAUGUGAUAAGAAAUCUUCAUUGCAUUGUAAUAGAAUGUGUUUGCGUAAGAGAGAGUGUGCAAGAAGGGAUAGACUGAUUGCUGAUCCAUUAUAUCUUUUGUACUAAUAUUGUGCCAUAACAUUUUGUGAAUAACAUUUGCAAGAAAGCCUGAUGAGGUGGUAGUAAAAGUAAAUGAAAAAAAAAUGAACAUUUCUGAUUUUUUUUUUUUUUAAUAUACUCGGUGGUUUUUCAUAGUGAGCCACUCCCCUCCCCUACUCAAUUUUGUUUGUUUGUUGAUAAUCUCAUAUUAUUCAUUUUGGACACAAGAAAAUUUAUGAGCAAAAUUUGCUCAUUAGGAGAAGGUGGGUAGAAAUUAUCUCAUAUUUUUACAAUGAGGUCAUGCUGAUGCAAACAACAGUGAGUAGUUUAAACAGAAAGGGUAACGAACAAGUAGAAUUCUUGGGUGGAAGGAGUGAGAGUAAGUGUUCCAUGGAGAGUGAUAACAUGUAAUUUUGAAGGACUUGCUUUGUUACAUACCAAUGAUGAACAAAACUGCUGUCAUCCUCACAAGUAGACUGAGGAUGAUUUCAAUGUGCCAGAAUGUGUUGAGUAUAUUAGUUGAUGUAUGUGAUAUGUCAGAAAUACAAUGUGUGUGCUUGAGCGAGUGAGAAAGUAGGUAAAUGAAAGAGAAAAAGUCUGAAAACUAAACAUUGAUUUUUGCGGCAUGUUUUUGGUUUUGUCUGUGAUAUGUAUGUUUGGUAUUUUUAUUUAGUAUUCUGUUGUAUGGAAUGUUUGAAUUCAUUUAUUUCAAGGAAGAUGGUUAAGUUGCAACCAGAAACAUUUGAAUAAUUUUUAAGUGUUUAUAUAAAGUGGAAUAUUUUCAAGGCAGUGGUAUUUGAUAGGGAUUUCUCUUUCUCUGUGUAGAAAAUGGGCUUGAUGAACAAAUUCAGCUUUUAUGGUAAAAGUCUGUAUUUUGAUGCUGUCUUCCACAUCGUUUAGCUGUUCCCCCUCCAUAUCCCAAAAGGUGUAAUUUUUCCGAAAGCUCAUAAUUAAUGUGCUGCUUUAAGCAUAUUUCACUUUUCAAGAAGUAUUCAAGUAAAGACAGUGCCCUGGCAGUAAAAAUGUGUUAGCAGUGAAAAUUCACAGAAGCAGCAAAAUUCAUUCCAAGGCUUUGCGUAAAUUUCCCCCACCCCUCAACACCCAUUUAUGACUUUGGGCAAGAUAUACAUAACUCUAAAGAAAUGAUGCCAAAGGAAUUUACCAAUGUAGAAAGUAUUCUUCAAUGUAAUUACACUAUGUUGGCUGUUUUGUCCCCAGUUGAAAGAGGUGCUUUGUGGCAGCAAACUGAAUGAAGCAAAAUGAGCAUAUAAAUCUUGUUUUGUGUACAAGCUGUGUUUGUGCUAACAGAUCUAUGCAAGAAACUGUGUUUUAUUAUAAUGAAUUUGUACAUUUUUCUACUCAAAAAGAAUAAAACAUCUGACUUUGGA